UCUCGACGUCGCUUUUUAUGACACAGUGAGUACGGUAACAGUCAAAGCGAUAGUGGCGGCACUUAGUUUGUGUUUUAUAAAUUAAAAAAGAAGAAAUGUAAAUUCUGUAUUUCACCGGGAAUUACAUCAAUGCCUGUAGAUGUUGUCCGCAGCCUAUAUUUUUGAGUUAUGAUGCCAUCAUUGGACCACUGUAUAAGUAAUUCAUCAGAAAUGACGACGUUAACAAAUACUUUGGAGGUCUUUGACACAUACAAACAUCGCGAUGAUAAAGAUUCCGAUGAAGAAAGUUUUCAUCUUCCCUUGGACGAUGACGAGUCAGACUCGAAAGUUCAGGAUUCAGUUCGAAACGGAAACGGUAAUGAAACUGAAGACGACAUCUUAAAUAAAUUUGAAGGUGCAUCUGGCGCUUUGGAUCAUAUCGAUUCUCAACUAGAAGAACGUUUAUUAAAUGAAGAGGAAGAAGAAAAGAAAGAAGCUAAACAGGAAACUGCCAAUACGUCCACAAAAAAGUUAGAGUCAGACUCCACUCAAAUUGUCGAAAAUGGCAUUCACUCACAUGAAGAAGGUAAAGAUGAAGAUGUUCGAGAAUCGGAAGCAAACUGUACUGCCUCAAAAGACGUUGCCGAUCUUCAACCCGAGACAGAUAAACAGUCGUCGCCAUCUACCAAUCUGUUGGAAAAAUCUACCGAAAAUGUUUCAACUACAGAAGAAAAACAAGAAAGUCAAAGUGGUGGUAUUUUGAACGAGACUAAUGCAGAAAAGGGGGCAGCGACAGAUAUUAAUGAAGACUCUAAGAGUGAUGCCACUGAAAAUAAUAAUGUUCCUAAAGUAGAUGUAGGUGAAGAAUUAUCUAGUACUAAUAAAGAUGCAAGUGCAAUAGACGCACUAAAAAACACAAAUGAACACUUAAGUGUGACUAAGGUUAUAAAUGCGGCUAAAGAAGAUAAACUAAAUGAAAAAUCCGCAAAAGACAACAAUGACUCACUGCAACCUAUUGUUGAUGAACCGUCUGGUGUUAGUAAAGAACAAAAGGAUAACAAAGAUAUGCAAUCCAAAUCUCAGGGAGACGUAAAUGAAGAUGCGUCAAAUGAGAAUAAAUCUGCAGACAAGGGUGAUGAUCUGAACGAAUCGUGUAAACAUAACGAGGAUUCCGAAGAUCUGUUUGAUAUAAGCAUUAUUAGAGAUGCUGAAGAGGAUAAUGCAGAAAGUGCUUAUAAUGAAGCACAUGCUGAGGAAAAUCAAAUUGAAGAAAAUGAAGAGUAUGAUGAUAGAGCUGAUGACAAAAUGGAAGACGAUUGCGUUAACGAUAAAGGAAGCAAUGAAGAAGAUGACGAAAUGGAAGAAAUGGAUAUUGAUAAACAUGAAGAUCACUUAAAAAGUGAUGACGUGGAUAUAGAAGAAGGGAACCUUAAACUAGAUUGUGAUGCAACUAAAGACUCAGUUAGUGAUGGAGAAGGUGAAAAUUGUAAAAAGACUGAUGUAGUGCAAAUAAGCAAUGAACAAAAAGCUAGUGAAAAAACAAACAGUGUAGAAAAACGUGCAUCUGAGUGUAGAUUGGAUGAAGUUACAGGAAGUUUAAUUGGUGUUGAUGGUAGAGAAAUUAAUUAUGAAGACGAUGUUACAGAAGAACAUAAUGACAACGAAGAUCCACUCAGAAAUUCCUUGAAAAGGCCGUCAGCGGAAGAUGGUGAAGCCGGAGCAGCAAAAAAGUUACGCACUGAACAAACAGUUGCCGUUGAAGCUAAAGAAAAAGAGAAACCUAAAGAAAAACUGCCAUUAAGAACACUUUUAUCUCUAUCAGAUUUUAUGAAAACUAGAAAGCACAACAGAAGACUGACUAUGCAGGAUUUGGAAGAAUUCUGUGUACAGAAAAUUUGUGAGGCAAUAGUCCACAAAAGUGAAUUAGGAGAUGUCCAUCAUCAGUUAAAAUUACAAGAGCAGCUGAUUGAAACAAUGCGGAAGGAAAUACAACAAUUGACAAAACAAGCUCGAGAUCUCGAAAUUGUAAACAAAAAAUUAAUGAACGAUUUAAAACAACAAACAGCCACACAGAAACCAUUGAAUCCUUUGAAAAUAACAAGAUCUGUAGGUUUACAAGUUAAAUUUACUCCUACUUUCGAGGCCAACCUAAAGAGGAGACAACCCAAUCCAACAGUUUCUAAUCAAAAAGUACAAGCACAAACGCCACCUGCCAGGAGCCCAAGGGUCACCCCAAAUGUAGUGACAACAGUUAAUAGACAAGUGGCCUCGCCGCAGAAACAACAGCAAGUUCAGUCAAAACCAACUACACCUUUGUUAUCUCAAGCUUUACAAAAUCGUCGGUCUCUGCCUACGGAUAACACCAACAAAAUUCCGAAUCAAACAGUUCGAAUAAAACCAGCAGAUCCAAAAAGUGGAACUCCGUCGGCUUCUGUUAUCGAUUUGACAGACGAAGAUGAUAAAAAGGACAAGAAUAAGGCCACGCCUGCUAAAAUAGUCCCCUCGAAAAAUAUAACAGUACCGUUACGAACGACCCCCAUGCGAGUUAACGCUACCGCACAGGGACUCCGACUGACAACGUCUCAAGGAAAAGUCUCUCCUAUCACUUCGGUAGUAACAUCAAGCACACCUCAAGUGAUGUAUGUCGUACAAUCUUCGCCUCAGAAUGUUCUUACGUCGCCUCUUGGGCCUAAAGCUGUCGUGGUCAAUUUUCAAUCGGCCAAUGGUGUUCUAACAUCGACCUUAAACGGAUCAGCCGUUUCUGUCAUUCCAAAGCAAGGAAAUACUAUUCAGCUGAAAACAGUUGCCCCCACGAAAACCUUGCAAAGUAACAAAAUCGUAAAAGUUUCCAACAAACAUCCCGCGCCUUUGCCUCCUCCGCCCGUCGUUAGAAUAAAUUUGGAAAAGCCCCUUAAGCCGAUACCUCCCAAGCCUCAUUUAACCAUUAGGAAAACAGAUACAGGUAUAAUUCUGCAGUGGAAGAUGCCAUACGAGCUAGAUAUGUAUGAAGUCAUAGCCAGUUAUCAGUUGUAUGCAUAUCAGGAAACUAGUGCAUUGCCUAGUACGGACAUGUGGAGAAAAGUCGGUGAUGUUAAAGCGCUUGCGCUUCCGAUGGCUUGCACAUUGACUCAAUUCGCCGAUAAAAAUAAAUAUUACUUCGCAGUGCGUCCUGUUGAUAUUCAUAAACGAAUUGGUAUGUUUAGUGAACCAGAAGAAAUUUCUUUGUAAAUAUACACGUCUUUGUAAUUAGAUAGCAUUCAUUCGUUUCAUUUGAUAUUUAAUAACUUAUGUUUAUAAUGUGCAUUAAAUGACUUACGGAAUUAA